CACCGGAGUGAGCGCGACCAUCAUGUCCAUGCUGGUGGUCUUUCUCUUGCUGUGGGGUGUCACCUGGGGCCCAGUGACAGAAGCAGCCAUAUUUUAUGAGACCCAGCCCAGCCUGUGGGCAGAGUCUGAAUCACUGCUGAAACCCUCGGCCAAUGUGACGCUGACGUGCCAGGCCCGCCUGGAGACCCCAGACUUCCAGCUGUUCAAGAAUGGGGUGGCCCAGGAGCCUGUGCACCUUGACUCACCUGCCAUCAAGCACCAGUUCCUGCUGACGGGUGACACCCAGGGCCGCUACCGCUGCCGCUCAGGCUUGUCCACAGGAUGGACCCAGCUGAGCAAGCUCCUGGAGCUGACAGGGCCAAAGUCCUUGCCUGCUCCCUGGCUCUCGAUGACGCCAGUGUCCUGGGUCAGCCCCGGCCUCAACACAACAGCGGUGUGCCGAGGUGGGCUGCGGGGUGUGACUUUUCUGCUGAGGCGGGAAGGCGACCAUGAGUUUCUGGAGGUGCCUGAGGCCCAGGAGGAUGUGGAGGCCACCUUUCCAGUCCAUCAGCCUGGCAACUAUAGCUGCAGCUACCGGACCGAUGGGGAAGGCGCCCUCUCUGAGCCCAGCGCUACUGUGACCAUUGAGGAGCUCGCUGCACCACCACCGCCUGUGCUGAUGCACCGUGGAGAGUCCUCCCAGGUCCUGCACCCCGGCAACAAGGUGACCCUCACCUGCGUGGCUCCCCUGAGUGGAGUGGACUUCCAGCUACGGCGCGGGGAGAAAGAGCUGCUGGUACCCAGGAGCAGCACCAGCCCAGACCGCGUCUUCUUUCACCUGAACGCGGUGGCCCUGGGGGAUGGAGGUCACUACACCUGCCGCUACCGGCUGCAUGACAACCAAAAUGCCUGGUCCGGGGACAGCGCGCCGGUCGAGCUGAUUCUGAGCGAUGAGACGCUGCCCGCGCCGGAGUUCUCCCCGGAGCCGGAGUCCUCCCCGAAGCCAGAGUCCUCCCCGGAGCCGGAGUCCGGCAGGGUCUUGCGGCUGCGGUGCCUGGCGCCCCUGGAGGGCGCGCGCUUCGCCCUGGUGCGCGAGGACAGGGGCGGGCGCCGCGUGCACCGUUUCCAGAGCCCCGCUGGGACCGAGGCCCUCUUCGAGCUGCACAACAUUUCCGUGGCUGACUCCGCCAACUACAGCUGCGUCUACGUGGACCUGAAGCCGCCUUUCGGGGGCUCCGCGCCCGGCGAGCGCUUGGAGCUGCGCGUGGACGGACCCCCUCCCAGGCCUCAGCUCCGGGCAACGUGGAGUGGGGCGGUCCUGGCGGGCCGAGAUGCCGUCCUGCGCUGCGAGGGACCCAUCCCCGACGUCACCUUCGAGCUGCUGCGCGAGGGCGAGACGAAGGCCGUGAAGACGGUCCGCACCCCCGGGGCCGCGGCGAACCUUGAGCUGAUCUUCGUGGGGCCCCAGCACGCUGGCAACUACAGGUGCCGCUACCGCUCCUGGGUGCCCCACACCUUCGAAUCGGAGCUCAGCGACCCUGUGGAGCUCCUGGUGGCAGAAAGCUGAUGCAGCCGCGGGCCCAGGGUGCUGUUGGUGUCCUCAGAAGUGCCGGGGAUUCUGGACUGGCUCCCUCCCCUCCUGUUGCAGCAGAAGGCCGGGGUCUCUGGGGGGCUGGGGAAGCCUCCCUCAUUCCUCCCAGGAAUUAAUAAAUGUGAAGAGAGGCUCUGUUUAAAA